UGCUUUAUGUAACAUAAUCAUUUUCAAUUCUACUUUUCAUUUACGAUUGCAAAUUACGUUUGUUGAGCCUUGAGCGUUAUGCUUGGGUAUUCAAGUAUAUGUAGUGGCUGGAUAUUAAGAAAUGGACUCACUGAAGGAUUAAGAUCUCAUUUCUCUUCUUCCUUAUCUUAUUCUUCGCUCAUAGUUCUCAUUUCUCUUUUCUUUGAUUCUUUUUUUUUUCUGCUCUGCAAAUCAGUUGGUCUGGGUUUGUCUUGCAGGUGGAUAUAAGAGUGUAUCAUUGGGUGCUUUCAUUGACCUCUUGCUAUGGCUGAUUCAGAGAUUUUGGCUGUUGUGAAACCUUUGCAAUCCCAUUUCGAUGCUCAAACUAUGGCUUUCGAUGGUCAAACAGUUGUUAUGCAUCAAACACUGCAACAAUAUAUGGCCACUGUCGACUACAAACUCGAGGAUUUGCGCUCACAUGUGUAUACCUCGUCAAGUACCACAGCUGGUAUUUUGGUCCUGCCCCAUCUUCGCCAGCUAUUCCAGCAUCCUCCGAGGGCACUACCGAUUUAGAUCAUAUUCUCUGCUCCAUGCGAAUGGAAGUCCCUAAAUUUGACGUCACCGAUCCCAAUGGAUGGGCAUUUCGCAUUGACGAAUAUUUCGAUUUCCAUGGGACACAUGAUCCUAUUCGUUUACGGAUCGUUGCAUUCCAUUUGGAAGGUCAUGCUUCUGCUUGGUACCAAUGGAUGAAGGAAAACCGACUCUUAACUUCUUGGAAGGAUUUUAUUUAGAAAUUAAAGCUACGUUUUGGCACUUCUUUGUAUGAGGAUCACCAGGGGAAUUUGUCCAAACUUACUCAGCGAUCUACAGUUGCCGAGUUCCAAUCCGAAUUUGAAGAUCUCACGAACAAGGUUAUCGGUAUCUCCGAACACCUAUUUAUCUCUUUUUUCAUCACGGGGCUCAAACCUGAUAUUCGUCGCGAUUUGUUGCUUACUCGCCCCCCUACCUUGAUGGAUGCCUUUGCUCUGGCUCGAGCUUAUGAUGCACGUGGCGAUGACUCUAAAGUUGUUGCCCGUACUUGGAUCAAGUGGUCUCCCAAAUACUCUCAGUCGACCCCAACUACAUCAAACACGGUUUCUGCUACACCCACAACACUGACUAAUGUUCCUACCCCAUCUUCACUGAAUCCGCAAAAUCACAUACACCCCUCACCCUCAUCACCCUUGCUCCCUACUCCCUCUUUACCCAUACGCAGACUGACUCCAACUGAAUUACGGGAGAGGCGAGCUAAUAACCAAUGCUAUAAUUGUGAUCAACAAUGGAGUUCGUCUCAUCGAUGUCGUAGUAAGUAUUUGUUGCUGAUGGGUACUGAUGAUGGCGAUGAAGAUUCUGAGGACACUGUCGCAGAUUCGUCGGACGACACGAUCAUUGCUGGUGAUAUAUCAAGUCUCACAAGGGACAUGUUUUCUCAGUGGAUUUAUUUGUCUUACCUAUCGAGGGACCUGAUGUGGUCUUAGGCAUCCAAUGGCUACAACAACUUGUUCGUGUUUCUCAUGAUUAUGCUGCCUUAUCUAUGGAGUUUCAGUGGAAUGGUCAAAAUGUCAUUCUUCGUGGGGAUGUGUCCUUAACACCACGCAAACUUUCCUUCCAUCGAUUACAAGCCCUUAUUUUGCAUGAUGAGGUCCAUGGGCUCUUUGAACUACAUGCCCUCCAUGAUACUGAUUCCCAAGCUCCCAAUACAGAGGUCUGUUCUUUUCCCUCAGACUUACCUGCUCCCAUCACUGCCUUACUCCACAGCUAUACCACCUUGUUCCACCCCACAUCUAACCUUCCUCCUCGACGUACUAUUGACCAUAAAGUACAUCUUGACUCACACACCAAACCCGUCAAUGUUCGACCAUAUCGUUAUCCACACUUUCAGAAAUCUGAAAUGGAGUGGCUCAUUCGUGAGAUGUUAGACCAAGGCAUCAUUCGUCCUAGUCGUCCAUUUUCUUCGCCAGUCUUGUUAGUAAAAAAGAAAAAGAAAGAUUCCCUAUACCGACCAUUGACGAACUUUUAGACAAACUUGGUGGCGCUUCGGUGUUUAGUAAAUUGGAUUUACGAGCUAGCUAUCACCAAAUUUGUAUGCACGAGAAUGACAUUCAUAAAACGGCAUUUGGUACUCAUGAUGGCCACUUCGAAUUUUCGGUUAUGCCCUUUGGCUUGUCGAAUGCUCCUUCUACGCUUCAGGCGACCAUGAAUCAACUUUUUGCCCCUUAUUUGCGCAGGUUUGUCAUCGUGUUCUUUGAUGAUAUCUUGGUCUACAAUGCCAAUAUUUCGUAUCAUGUAUCUCAUUUGUAGCAAGUUCUUGAGAGUCUUCAAGUUCACAUAUUCUUUGUGAAACUAUCAAAAUGAUUUUUUCUGCCAAGAAACUAUUGAAUACUUGGGUCAUUUAGUCACACCACAGGGAGUCAAGGCGGAUCCUCAGAAGCUUGACUCUAUGAUUAAUUGGCCUCCGCCUAAAUCUCAAAAGCAACUCUUUGGAUAUUUGGGACUCACUGGCUACUAUCGUCGAUUUAUUCAGAGGUACGCCUCUACUGCUACACCUCUUACUGAUCUUCUGCGCAAGGAUUGUUUCACUUGGUCUUCUGCUACUACUACGACCUUCCAUGAUCUUAAACAGACUAUGCUUCAGGCCCCAAUCUUACGCUUGCCUAAUUUUUCCUUGGAUUUUAUUAUUGAAUUUGAUGCUUCUAAUGUGGGUAUAGGGGUUGUAUUAAUGCAGGCAGGACAUCCCAUUUCAUACUUUAGUAAAAAGUUUGGUCCACGUUUGAGGUCCUCCUCCACAUACAUCAAGGAUUUGUAUGCUAUUACCGAAGCAGUUCAAAAAUGGCGGCCAUACUUACUAGGUCAUUUUUUAUUAUUCACAAUGACCACCAAAGCAUUAGAGAGUUACUCCAGCAGGUUAUUCAAAUGCCUGAACAACAUCGUUAUGUCCGGAAGUUAUUGGGGUAUAAUUUUUGCAUUGAAUACAAACCAGGUUGUACAAAUCGAGCGUCCAUGAGGAACUCGACAUCACCAUUGUUUGCCAUUCAGCUUCAAGUUUCAACUUAGCCAGCCACCCUGUGAGUGACUUCAUUGCAGCUCUUCGCAAAGAGAACCAUAUGUUGAAGGACUUCCGCAAGCUUCAUCACCAAUUUUCACUUGGGCAAUUGGCUGCUACAUUUUCCCUUCACGAUGGGCUGCAAUUUUUCAAACACCAGUACUAUAUUAGUCCUCAUUCUACUCUCAAAACCUCUCUACUGCAGGAAUAUCAUGCCACUUCCUUGGUAGGCCAUGCCGGUGUUAAGCGGGCCUUGGUGAGAUUAUCUUCUACUUUUUAUUUGCCUUACAUGCGCAAAGAUGUGGAAAGUUUUGUAGCCUCUUGCUUGAUCUGCCAGGAAACUAAACACUCCACUCAAGCUUCUCGGGAUUACUUCAACCACUUCCAGUUCCCUCUUUAGUUUGGGAUGAGGUUACCAUGGAUUUCAUUACUUGUC